CCCAAGCCCUUCGUACACCUCCACACGCACACAUACAGCAAGAGGAGAGGAAGAGCAACAUUUCCUCCCAACACUCAACCAUGAGUAGCAUCGGAUAUGACCCUUACUACUCCACCUCAUCAUACAGACGCUAUUUUGCUGAGCCUCCUGCACGUGUGGUGGUGACUAGAGGGAGGACCCUCUCUGGCUUCUCUACUCAUGCAUCCCCACUGUCUUCCUCCCGUCUGCAGUACUCCUCUCCUGGCCGUGUGCUCUACUCUUCUUCCUCACCAGCCUCUUCCCUGGAGCUGGAACUCAGCCAAGCGGCCCAGAUCAGCUCCGAGUUCCGAGCUGUACGCACACAAGAGCGCAGCCAGCUGCAGGACCUUAAUGACCGUUUUGCCGGUUUCAUCGAGAGAGUGCGUGAGCUGGAGCAGCAGAACCGUGCCUUGGAGGCAGAACUGCUGCUGCUGAGGCAAAGGCACUCUGAGCCGUCCCGCCUGAGAGCACUGUAUGAGCAAGAGGCCCGGUCCCUGAGAGCAGCUGUGGAUGAAGCUAGGGCAGAACAACAGGCUGUCCUAAGUCAGAGAGAGAGGCUGGAGCAAACCCUGAGUGCUCUGCAGGGUCGAUAUGAGCAGGAGGUGUUGGCUCGUGAAGAAGCUGAGGGCAAGCUGAUGGAGGCUCGUCGGGAGGCUGACGAGGUUACCUUAGCAAAGGCUGAGCUGGAGAAAAGUGUGGAAAUCCUGCUGGACGAGCUGGCCUUCCUCAAGAGGAUUCAUGAGGGUGAAGUGGUUGAACUUCAGGCCCAAGUCCAGCUGGGUGUGCAGGUGGCUGUGGAAUCUGAGGCUGCCGCUCCGGACCUCUCUGGGGCUCUCAGGGAUAUCCGGUCCCAGUAUGAAAGGCUGGCUGCCAGGAACAUGCAGGCAGCUGAGGAGUGGUUCAGAAGCAAGGUAGGCUCCCUGACUGAAACUGUGGCCCAGCACACUGAUGCUGUGAGAAGCUCCAAGGACGAAGCAGGAGAGUACCGACGUCAGCUACAAGCCCGCAUACUGGAAAUCGAUGCAUGCAGAGGCCUCAAUGAAUCCCUGGAAAAACAGCUGCAUGACAUGGAGGAGAAACAGAGUGCAGAGAUAGCAGCUAUGCAGGAUACCAUUGCAGAACUGGAGAGUGAGCUGAGGGGCACUAAACAGGAAAUGGCACGCUACCUGAAGGAGUACCAGGACCUUCUGAAUGUCAAGAUGGCUCUGGACAUCGAGAUUGCUGCAUACAGGAAGCUCCUGGAAGGGGAGGAGUCUCGCUUCAGUGUAGGUAUGGCCGGGGGAGUGUCCCCGUUGUACAGCCACAGUUUGUCAGCGCCCUCUUUCGCUAGGCCCGUCUUCUCCAGCCUGAGCUCUGGCACCUCCUACCUGAUGACCUCACGCCUGCUCAGCUCCAGUGUCAGCACCACUGAAGGCAUCAUCUCUGCCAGCCACGCCCAGCAAGCAGAGGCCAGCCCACCUGGUGAGGAGGAGGUGGAAGAGGAGGAAAAGGAGGAAGAGGAAGCUAAGGAAGAAGAGGUGGGAGAAGAAACAGAGGAGAAAAAGGAUGAAGAGGAAGAGGAAGGUGAGGAGGAGGGUGAGAAAGAAGAUGAAGCUAAGGAAGUAGAGGAAGAGGAUAAGGAAGAAGGCGAGGGUGGUGAUGAAGAGGAGCAAAAGGAAGAUGCAGCAGAAGCUGCAGAAGAUGAAGGAGAGAAAGAGGGAAAAGAUGAAGGGGAGGAAACUGAAGCACAAGAGGAGGCAAAAGCAGAAGGAGCUGAUGACAAAGAAGAUGAUACAAAAGAUGAAGCACAAGAGCAGGAGGAAGUUCAAAAGAGUGAGGAGAAAGAAGAUAAAGCUGAUGACAAAGACGUGAAAGCUGUUCCGAAAAAAGAUGACAAAGCCGAAGCAAAAAAGGAGAAAGAUGAAGAGAAAGCUGCCCAACCUGAGCCAGCUGAAGAGAAGAGCACAAAGGAUAAAAAGUAAACCGUUAUGGUCAAGACUGUCCACAAAAAAAUGCAGCUUAAAGACAGGUAGAGGCAACAGUGCUGUCCUCUUAGAUCUGCUUGUUGACAUGGUGCUCAAUAACACAGUCCAACAGCCAUUUAAAGCAACAAAUCAAGGUUAAAUGCUUACCAGUGUUCCGCAUAGCCCAUAAAGGUCUUGUUGCACAGUUCUGAGUGAAUGUAAUAGUGUAUGUGUGUGAGAGUUCUGGUGGGUAAAUAAAUUAUUCUUAAAGCCGUGC